AUGAAUGGAAUGAUUGAGAGCGACAGAACUGAUGGAGAUCAAGACGCGGGGCGAGAAACGAACUCGAGCGAAGGGGGAUAUGUGCACGGACCAGGCGGUCAGGCGGAUGAGCUUCAGGGUAAGGCCAGUUUGAGCUUCAACGUCACCGCCCACCGAUUCCUUCGUGGUUUCCUUCAACGUCUUUGA